AUGGCCUCGAACGAGAAGGUCAUCAUCAUUGGUGCCGGUGUUUCUGGCCUCGUCCUCGCACAGAUCCUGCGGCAGGGUGGCGUUCCCUAUGAAGUCUACGACCGCGAUGAUGGGACGCACUGGCAAGGCUGGGCCAUCAGUCUGGACAAAUGUCUUCAAUCACUCUACCCACUGCUCCCACCCGACAUUCAAGACCCGGCCCAGGCCAGCCCGAAUUACCACUCAAGCAAACCGGAUGGUUUUUGGGUUGUCAACGCCGUAACUCACGAGUCCCUUGGUGUCACUGAGAACGCACCUAGAGGUCAUCCCGAUAACAUGAUCCAUGCGAAUCGGGACCAUUUCCGGAAGAUUUUCAUGCAGAAUGUAAAGGUCCAGUUUGGUAAAACAUUCCAAAAGUAUGAAGAGAGCGGAGAUGGGUCGUUGGAUGUAUUUUUUACCGAUGGGACGAGCACGAAAGGGACGGUGCUUGUUGGGUCGGAUGGAUCGAGUUCGAAAGUGAGACAGCAACUGCUGAACGGUUUCAAGGCUGCUCCGAGCAGGUAUACUUCUAUCCUGGGCAGCGUGACGGUGGACAUAGACCUCAGUGCCAAACUCCUCGGCGAAAGCAACAGCGGCCUCCUCGUCGCGGAUAAAGACCAGAAGGCCAAUUGUCUCGUUCUGGACCACAACAAAGACGGGACGGACCUCUUCUGCUGGGUCCUGGCGUACAAAGUGGCUGAGUAUGAGAAGGAGCAUAUGUGGGCGAGAAUGGCGAGCCCAGAGGAGCUGUUCGAGAAAGCGAAGGAGAGGACGGCGCAUUGGCCGGACUUCAUGAGGGAGACGGUGAAGAGGACUGGGCCGGAGGGUAUGUAUCGGCCUUUCAGGCUUUUGGAGACUGUACUGGAGAAAGAUGAGUUGCCGAGGGGGAGGGUGACGUUGCUUGGGGAUGCGAUGCAUUCGAUGCUUCCAUUCCGGGGCAUGGGCGCCAAUACGGGUAUCUCAGGGGCUUGCCUGCUCGGGAAGUCUCUUCUCGAUGGACUCAAACAGGACACGAGUGUCGAUGAUAUCCUGAGAGCGUAUGAACGAGAGUGGAUCCCCAAGAGCAGGGAAGUCGUUCUCGAAUCAAGAGCAGCAGGCGCAGGCGACGAAAACGCGGAUCUGUCGGGCGGUCGUAUCGAGAACGGCGGGCCGUGA